AGACGAGUCCCUUCUUGCUACCAGACAAAGGAACAAAAGGAACUGGAAGUCCAGUUCUUAUCAUGACAUCAUGGAACCAUCAUGUCCACGUUCCCCCCGAGUCUAUAUAUUUUCAUUCUGACCUUCUCUUAUCACCACUCAGCCUCAGAAAUCACGUCUGGCGCAUUAAUACGGACAUUGCAAAAUGAGACUACCCAACUUUAAAGUACCUCGUGCGAGGCCAGAGAACCAUUUCAAUGGCGAUACCCUGCCGCAAGAGGUGCCACCCACCAAUCCAAAUCAUGAAAAGUCCGGAGAAGUGAUUGUGGAUACGCCGAUUCCCCUACUUACGUGGCGCUCAUUCUUGAUGGGUAUUUUCGUGUCAAUGGGCGGCUUUCUUUUCGGGUACGACACUGGCCAAAUCUCCGGCUUCCUGGAGAUGAAAAAUUUCCUCCAACGAUAUGGUGAACAGCGCUCUGAUGGCACAUACUAUUUCACCAACGCCCGUUCGGGUUUAAUUGUCGGCCUGUUAUCGAUCGGUACUCUGAUCGGCGCGUUGAUCGCUGCACCUAUCGCAGAUCGCAUUGGCCGAAAAUGGUCCAUCAGCUGCUGGAGCAUUAUGGUAUGCGUGGGCAUCACCAUCCAAAUAUCCUCACCCUUCGGGAAGUGGUACCAGGUCGCCAUGGGCCGAUGGGUGGCAGGUCUCGGUGUUGGGGCCUUGUCCUUGCUUGUCCCCAUGUACCAAGCAGAAACUGGACCGCGACAUAUUCGUGGUUCGCUCGUCAGUACCUACCAACUAUUCAUCACCCUCGGAAUCUUCGUCGCCAACUGCAUCAACUACGGCACCGAGGCAAGAACCGACACAGGAUCCUGGCGGAUUCCCAUGGGAGUCACCUACAUCUGGGCCAUCAUCCUGGGGGUUGGAAUUUCAAUGUUCCCCGAAAGUGCCCGAUUUGACUACAGACACGGCAAAGAGGACAAAGCGGCCAAUACCCUGGCAAAGAUGUACGGGAUCCCGAGAAACCAUCGCAUGCUCAAGCUCGAAAUCGACGAGAUCAGGCAAAAGUUCGAGGAAGAAAAAGCGCGCGGACAAAUAACCUGGGGCCAUUUAUUCCGCGCCCCCCGCAUGGGAUAUCGUGUGGCGGUUGGCGUUGCCCUCCAAGCAUUGCAGCAACUCACCGGCGCCAAUUACUUCUUCUACUACGGCACGACCAUCUUCCAAGGCGCCGGGAUCCAAAACAGCUACGUAACCCAGAUGAUCCUGGGCGGAGUGAAUUUCGGAACGACAUUCUUGGGUCUCUACCUGAUUGAAAACUACGGUCGUCGUCGAUCUCUAAUAGCCGGAGCUUUGUGGAUGUUCGUCUGCUUCAUGGUCUUUGCCUCAGUCGGCCACUUCUCCUUGGACCACCAAAACCCCGAACGGACACACACAGCUGGUGUAGUCAUGGUCGUUUUCGCUUGUCUCUUCAUCCUUGGCUUCGCCUCAACCUGGGGUCCAAUGGUCUGGACCAUCAUCGCCGAGCUCUAUCCCUCCGAAUUUCGCGCCCGCGCCAUGUCCCUCGCCACCGCAUCCAACUGGCUGUGGAACUUCCUUCUGGCAUUUUUCACCCCCUUCAUCACCAGCGCCAUCGACUUCCGUCUCGGCUACGUCUUCGCAGGCUGCCUGUUCCUCGCCGCAGGCCUAGUCUACGUCGCUGUCAUCGAAGGUCGCGGUCGCACACUGGAGGAGAUCGACACCAUGUACGUGAUGAAAGUGAAGCCCUGGAAGAGCUCCAAAUUCGAGUUUCCGGACCUGGCUCCAUACGAUCGCAGGGGCUCGGCGUCCUCGAAAGCCGAGGCAUCUCAUAUUGCCCGACUAAGUGCGGGGAAUGAGACGGCAACAAGCUCUCAAAGGAUGGAUGUGUAGAUUUCAGCCUCACGGAGAGUGAGUGAGCUGAAGACCAUGGAAUAUGUGGUUUACUAUCUAUCUCUGACACAUUGAACGUUCAUUGUACUAUCUACAUUCGUUGUCUAAUUU